AUGUGGAGCGCGCCUUCCAAGCUGCGGUACGGGUGGACGUUCUUCGCGGCGUUGCUGGUCGGGCUGGUGGCCGUCAUCUUUGUCGGCAGCUUUGCGACGGCCCGCGUCGUCUACACCGCCUGCAGCCUCUCCCUGCUCGCCUACCGCGUCUCCUACUACGCCGAGCGCGGCCUCCUCCUCUACUGCGUCGACCUCUGCUACUGGGUCCACCUCGUCGGCCUCGCCGCCCUCUGGCUCGCAGAGCUGCCCGGCGAGUGGGCGCUGGCGGCGCUCGCGUCUGCAGUCGGGCCAGUCGGCGGCGCUGUCUUCAUGCUCCAGUCGCCGCUCCUCCUCCACCACCCGGAGGCGAGAGCGCCCCUCCCCUGCCCCUCCCCGCCUCUGCCGCCCGACGCCUCUCCACGCCCGGCCCUGCGCGCUCAGGCGUUCGAGUCCUUCUUCCUGCACGUGGUGCCAACCUGGGUCGCAUGCGUGGUCGCAUACGUAGUGCGCUGGAGGCUGAUGCCGCCGCUUGCGCCGGAGCUGCUCGCGGUGCGCCACACGAUCCGGCUCGGCUUCACCUCCGUCUACCUGCCGUGGGCUGCCGCCUACCUCCUCUUUCUGCUUGCCAAGCCGUACACGCCCCUCGCGCAGUACGAGACGCUCUUCGACUGGUACACGAGCUCGGUGGCAGGAGGCGGAGGAGGAGGCGGAGGAGGAGGCGGGUCGGACCCGCCGUCGGGCGCGCGCGCCUUUGUGCGUUACGCGUGGAAGCCGAUCGCCUACAUCGUGGCGCACGCGCUGCUGUCGCUGGAGGGGUACGCGGCGGCGGCGCUCUGCCUGCGCUGGGAGGCGGUCAUGCUCGCCUGGAUCGCGAUGAUCUUUGCGUGCAACAUCCUCUACGCCUUCGACUUUUACCGCGCCUCCGCAGACCCCGCGUACCGCCCUGGGAACAAGCUCGUCGCAGGGCUGCGCGAUUCCGCCAUCUCCUGGGCGGUGAUGCUGCCGCUCUGGUACUGCUGCGAGCAGGGCCACCUGUGA